AUUCAGUUCGUAACAAUAUUGGAGCUUCAACAAAUAGCAAUGUUGAAACUGGCUCAGAAGACGAUGAUGAAGAUGAAGAAUCCACAUCAUCACAUCACAAUCAAAGAGAUGUUGCACCUGGUUGUUCACGCAGCGGAAGUCAAGACAAUUCAAAUAGUUCACAAUCAAACGGAGCGCCAAUGAAAAUUCCAUUGAUUGACUACAUAUUAAAUGUUAUGAAAUUCGUAGACGCCAUUUUAAGUAAUAACUCAACUGAUGAUCAUUGUCGUGAAUUUGUUGCACAAGGAGGCCUACAACCGCUUUUACAAAUCUUGUCAUUGCCAAAUUUGCCUGUAGAUAGCCCUAUAACAGCUUCAGCACAAGCAGUUGCUGCUGUUUGCAAAUCAAUAUUGAGUUUAGCACAUGAACCACAAGUGUUAAAAGUUAGCUUAGAACAAUUGGCCACCGUUGUCGAUCAAUUGGAACCACUACAAAGUCAUUGGGAACAAUCUCAAGGAAGUGUAUUGCUAAAGGAAUUGGCAAAUUGCAAAAACAUUGAAUCGGCCUUUUCAAAUGCAUCUGAAACGCCAUUGUUACAUGCAAUGAGUGCGGUUCAUGGUUACGUUGUGAUGUUGGUUCAUGUUUGUCGAACGGGACAAACGGAAAUCCGUAAUCUGUUGAUUGAGCAAUGGGGACAAGAUAAUAAAUAUGGCCAGAAAUUGCUGUACAAAUUAGUUCAAUUAUAUACAGCCUUAGUAUGGGAAAGUACACUUUUACUUGCAUUAUGCACAGAUGAUAUAAUUCCAGUUGGUUGUGACUUUGGCAAAGAGGAUCUCGAUAAAUUGGGCGAACCUCCAUCGGUACCAAGCCAAAGCGGAACGCCCGUCAUACCGUCUGAAGUCAGUUUAGAUACACCAAUGCCAUUAAUGACAACAACACAAAGCACUGAAGCAACAGCGUCUAUAAAUGAACUAUCCAUGGAUAUUGAUCGAGUUCUCAAUUCAACAUCAUUAGAUAAUGAAACAUCAUCAACACUGGCAUCAACAACAACAUUAUCAACAGAGACAGCAAGUAUAACGAACAAAUUUGAUGCUCCAUUGAAUGCAACUACAGCCUCAAGUUCCAACAAACCGUCAUCAAUUCAACGUCGAAUUGUUGCAACACCAAGUCAGUUGCGUUACAUAAAGUCCUUGCUCGGCGCUUCAUCACGAUUGGGUCGAGCUUUGGCUGAAUUAUUUGGCUUACUUGUUAAGUUAUGUGUCGGCAAUCGGAUGCGUAUGCGACAUCCCCAAAACGUUGGUAAUUAUAUGUCAUCUGCAUCGCGUGAUAUUGCUCGAGUGCUCAGUUAUAUCUUGGUCGAUGGCUUAUCGCACGAUCAAUUACCGCCAUCGCCCAUACCAAAGCUAAAGCAAACAUUUCUCAUUUGUUCUAUCGGUUUCACAAGCCCAAUGUUAUUCGAUGAGAAACGUAAUGCUUACCAUUUAAUGUUGCAUAAAUUUUGCGAAGAAGGUGGUCUGCAGGCAUUCUUCGAAAUGUUUGGCUUUGCAUUAAGCUUGGAACCAGACAUUGUUAAAAGUAACAAUGGAAAAACUGCGUCGUCAAGUGAUACUACUGAAUAUACAGAACAACAAGAAGAAUCGUCAUUAAAAGACACCGAUGAUCCAAGCGAAAUGACACAAUCAACUACCUCCGCUACAACCAUUCGAACAGCGGAUGAUUUAAUCACUCCAAAAGAAAUCUUCACGAACAAUGAACAGCAUGGUGAAUUUUCGUCUGGAAGUGGUGAGUUCUUGGAUGCUUGGCUCAUGCUACUCGAGAAAAUGGUAAAUCCAAAAGCCGUUCUUGAGUCACAACAUGUGAUACAAACGAAAUCUCUACGAAAUAAACCAGAAUUCGAUACGGUCAUAUAUUUGAUAAAUGUACAUAAGCUUGCUUUUCAAACUGUCACCAAAAUUUGGUCAUACAAACCGAUUCGAACAUAUGGUGCUCGCAUGACUGAAUCCAUGCUAACCAUUAUGAAACACAUCUAUCAGGGUGAACCAAUUUUGCGAGAAAAAUACAAUAAGAAAAUCACCGAACAACCUUUAUCGAACAACGAUAAAACAAGUAUUAAAUUUGGUUCACUAUUUCCACGAUCUGGCAAUACAAAUCAGCCAGAUACUGAAAAUACAAAUAGACUGACUUCACGGGGUAAUCGAUCGUCAACAAGCGGUGUUGGUAAUAUUAAUAAUACGGUUAAUGAAGCAUUUUUAACACAACUCAUGGAAAUGGGUUUUUCACAAGAGAAUUGCCGUGAAGCACUUUAUCAUACGGGCUCAAUGGAACAGGCUACUGAAUACUUGCUAACUCAUAGCGGUACCUCUGGUAUUAAUAAUCCAACGAAUGAAAAUCAAAGUGGAGUAGGUGUUGAUUCGGACGAUGAUGAGAAUGUCGAUGCCGAAAUGGUGGUUUUGAUGGGACAAUCGACUGAUGCGAAAAUUGAAUCAACUGGAACAUCAUCGUUUACAAAGCGCAACCGGCGUGGAAUGCGUAGUACCGCAACAGUUUUACCAAACCAACAACCGCUUUCGGAACAAUUACUAUCCGAUUUUGGUGAAGAGGCUGUUCAUACAUCGUUAUAUUUAAUUGAUCAAGUACCUGAUGCUGUAUUCAAAGGUUCCGAAUUACUUGGAAUUUUAUUCAAACGAGCCGAUAUUAAAUGGAAAAUGUUAGCAACAAUAAUUUCAACAAUGAUCGAUUGUGCCGAACAGUUACGUUCUAUGCUUACCGAUCGUGUUACACCGCACGAAACAAUUUUCUUUGGUGAAGUCGGUUGUCGUUUUACCGUUCGAUUGCACAUAUUCUGUCUAUUUCUUGAAGUCUCACAAUACCACGACCUUCGAACGCCAGUAAUUUUAUCAAUAAAAGAGUUCAAAUUGAUGCCAAAAUUGAUUAGUUUGCUGAACGAAACGGAAGAUGUGUUAACAGCAAAGGCCGGAAAAUCUCUUUAUACACCGAAAUGGUUAUCACAAAUGAUUUUGUUGAUUGACCUAUACGAAAAAGUUGUCGUUUCGAUUCGUCGCCGAAAUGAAAUGCAUCGAAUCACAACAAAUACUUGGAAGUGGUACGAUGUACAAAGUGGAAAAUGGAAUGCAUACACAAAUGGCAAUAAUAAGAUAAUCAAUGAUGCAUAUAAUAAUGGUGAAUCAACGGUUCGAGUAUCUGUAGGUCGCCAUCGAUAUACAAUAAACUUCAAUUGCAUGUCACAAGUAAAUGAAGAGACUGGAAAUCAUCGACCUGUUGUUUUGGGAUUACUAUCCUCAGUGAAUUCGCAGCGUAUACCAGAUCACGUUUCAGCUACACUAUCACAUAUUCUUGGAUCAGAUACUGAAGAAAAUUCCAAUAUAAGCAACGACGAACAAAAACCAAAGGUGAAUCGAACAAUAGAGAAACCGCCAAACGUAACAGACAUAUCGUCGCCUGGAAUAAAGUCUCAAUUAUCAUCGAUAAAUUUACAAUACAACAACGGACAGUUGGACCGUACAACAAUGGCAUCACUGUGUGAAAUGCGUGAAAAUCAUUUAAAGAACGGAUUUCGAACGUACUACACAUCAUCUGUGGUUAAUAAUCCAAAGAAAGAGAGCAGCAACGUAUCGAUAGUUACAGAAGAUGAUGCAAAAUUACUCGGAUUGGAGGAAUUUUUAACAGAAAACAUUGUGGCCACGUGUGUUCGUCUUAUGUCACCAAAAAUUUCUGUGGAUCGUGAUUCAUUGCAUGCACUAAUGAUGCUUUGUGUACGACUGACAACCAAAUAUCAAAAUGCUGAAGUAUUUGCUCGUGAAGGCGGAAUCAAGCUGUUGUUAGAAAUGAAGCAGUCUGGAGGAUAUUUGAGAGCAUCAACUUUGGCCAAUUUAUUGAUUCGACAUACACUUGAAGAGCCGCGUACUUUAGCAAUGGCAAUGGAAAAAGUGAUUGCUGCUCGAACAUUGCAGACAAUACCACCUGGAUAUCGAGAUUUAAUCUUUAUGCUACGUCGAAUGAGUUCCGCCGUUGCCCGUGAUCCUGAUAUUUUCAAAGAAAUAGCUCGAUCGAUGCUUCGCAUCGAUAUAAAUACAUUACGUCGUGGUGUGUUUAGCGAAGAUAAUCGCUUGAUUAUGAAAUCAGUAGCAUCAUCAAACUCAAAACGAUCAACAGAAAAGCCAAAUGAAAACUCAAUCGCCGUUAAAGUUGUAUAUGAUUUGUUGCAAGCACUUAUUGUGCCUAUCAAUUCUGCUCAGAAGCAAACAUUCGAAGAAAAGGUUACGACAAAUGCAGCGAAAAAUCAUAGCCGUCACACAAGUAGUUCAACUUCAUUUAGUACAUCAACAAAUACUGUAUCAUCCAACACGACCUUUGGAAGUAAUAAUAACAAUAGUAAUUACUUGGUCGAUGACAACGAUAUAUCAUUUAUUGCAAUGUCGUUUGCUGGCCCCAGCAACGAUACAAACACAGGUCAUUCCAGUCGCUUGGGCACGAUGCAAGGUACGAUGCAUUUAAUGGGUGGAAAUGAAUCGUCCUCGUCAACAUCUUCAAAUAAACCACAAAAUAGUAUGCUGGCAGAUGGAUGGAAUGGAUCGAAUACAAAAGGAGAGAAUGAUAAACCACUUUUGUCUAAACUUACGAUCCUUAAAACAUUGGCAGAAGCCGUACGAUCGUAUUCAUCAGUUGGUGUCAUUAUUGCCGAGUAUACAUAUCAGCCACAACCAAAUACCUUGAUUCGCAAAGCCCAACCAGCACUUGCUUUCAUUUUGGACAAUCUCUUACCUUCGACUGAACAAAAUCCAGACAGAGAAUGUUCAUCCGGUGCUCGCAUGCUGAUCGCAGCACUUUCUGCAGCGAUCGAUUCACAUAUUACCCAGCUCACCGUUGUAACAGAAGUGCGUGCAGCUAUUUUGCGUGCUCUUUCAUGGCCAGAAAUACCCGAAAAGCAUGCUCAAUUGCAAUUACUGACUGCUUUAAUUCCAACAAUGAUCGAAAACUGCCCACCCGAUCAAAAUCCUGCCCUGAUGCGAUUACAACAACAACAACCCCGUCGUAAUGACAUAUUCAAUAUCAUGGUGCGCAAGGGAUUAAUUGCUAAUCUGGCAAAUAUCACACAGAGCUUGGAUUUGUCAAGUCCUCAUACAAUUGUGACAAUUGGUACGGCACUAAAAUCGCUUGAACAAUUGUUACGAAUGUCGAAUCAAUCGUCUUCACCUGUGCAGUUCAAUAAAAGUCGAACCACAGACAUUGAUGCAAGUGCAAGUAAUCCACAAAAUAUGCAACUGGAUGAAAAUCAGAGACCAACCAUGAAUGACCCAUUAGUUUUUGAUGAAAAUGUUGCCAAUGAAAAUUCAGCUGAUGAUGAACCAAUCAAUGAGAAUGAGGAUGGAGCAAUAGAAGAUGAUAGUAUUCAAAAUGCGAACGAAGUUCUAAAUACAAUCACAGUAGAUGGUAGUGAAAUUGAAACAGCUGGUCCAAUUGAGCUGCCAAUCAAUACAAAUGAACCUGAGGCACAAGACUUUAUCGAGAAUCCACGAGUUGAUGUACAACCAAUUGACUCAUCAAUGCUUGAAGAGAUUCGUCGUCGAAUAUUAGAUCGUGAAUCUAUACUUGAUGAUUCGGUAGAUCGAACCGCACGCGGUGUUGCUACAUCAGUAAUUGCAGCUGGUAAUUCAACGAAUAAUGGUAGCGGCCUUCAACCUAUCGAAUUGGCUGAAGAACGGUUCAUCCUAGAAGAAGAUGACACCAGCAGUGAUUCUGAUUCAAAUGGAUCCGAAGAAAAUGACGAAGAACGUGAAGAAGAAUCAAAUGGUGAAGAUGAGAAUGAAGAUGAAGCAGAAGAUCGUAGCGAUUUAGAAGUAGAUGAAGAAACUAGACAGUAUAUUGAAAUGUAUGAUGUAUACGGUCGCCAUUUAUCGCCAAGUAUUCCAGAGCUAGAACGAGACAAUGAAGAUAUCUUAAUGAUUCAAUACGCCGACAAUGGACGAGAUGGAAGUGGAAAUAAUGCGGGUAGUUCAAACUCUGUUGGCGUUAGUGUUAACGUAAACGUUGAUGUGGAGAAUGAUCAACCAAGUUCGUCCAAUAGUAAUGUGCCUUCAACUAGUGGAAUAAAUCGGACGAAUUUUCCAAAUAUAUUUGAAACAAACAAUAUAAACCGUCAUGAAGAAGGAGUUUCAGCGAAUGGAGAUGCCAGCAAUGAAAGUGCGACAGGGUCACAAAGUACAUCAAAUGUUAUCGGUCGAAUUCACAUAACAACCAGUAAUUCACGUUCGGGAGGCUUUGGACCCGGUUCGAAUCAACCCAAUUCUUUAUCACAAUUGAUUCAAUUUCGAACACAACGAAAUGCAAAUCGCCAAAGACGAUGUGCUUACUUAAAUUUGAAUGGUCGCAACUCAAAUCCACCAGCAAUUUUGCAACGUCUAUUAGGUCCAGUUGCACAAAAUGUUAAUAUUGGUCUUGGCCAGGUUAUUGCAAAUGCCAAUGGAUCAGCUUCAUUUAGAGAUGCGACUCGUGUUGUUGUAAUGGAUAAUGGAUUUGGUAUUCUAUCAAAUUCAGGUGAACCAUCAAUUGAUAUCGUUGAUCAAACUGGUUACUUAUUCGGUCGUAGCUUAGCGGCGACACUUAAUCAAACGCCUUCACCAUUGCACUGGUGGCUCGAAGAAGCCAAAGCAUUGGGUAUUGAAUCUCAAGCUGAUGUAUGCUUAACUGUAUGUAAUGAACUCAUUCCUGAACUAGAAGCACAAAGAUCAAUGGAGUUAUCAAAAACUCGAAGCAAACGAAAGAAAAAGUCACCAGGGGAUAACACAAGUAAGCAAACACAAGGACAAAAACAAAAGAGUUCUUCUACAAUUCAAAGCACAAACAACACUGAUACUGAAAUGGUAUCUGCAUUGGCGGAGGUUUUACCAUCUGCUACAAGUGAAGCGCCAUCGCUUGGAAAUGAAACCGAAGAAAAUCAACAAAACAGUGAAGUUCCAAGCGGUUCGGAGGUAGAGGAUGAGUCAGAUGAUGAUGAUUCGUCUAAAAAUGAUGAUGAAUUAGAUAUUGAAAAUCAAAAUUUGGCUGAAGAUCGAGUAGUUGCCGAUGAUGACGAUGACGAUGACGAAUCCGAUGAAAAUGAAGAUGAAGAUGAGGAUGAAGAUGAAGAUGAAGGAAUUCAUCCACUGCCUUUACGUUCCUAUGUUGAGUCAAAUGAAGAAAUGACUGAAUCUGACUGUAAUGUACAGGAAGACGAUGAAAGAACAGGAGGUGGAUCAGCAUCAGAUAGUGGACGUUCGAUAGCCUCAUCUGUAUCUACUGAACCAUUCUUCUCAGGCCAAAGCAUACUCACCGAACAGUCAUUGAUGGCAGGAGUAACUGCAACGGCUCAAGGCUCCGCAUCGCAAACACCAACAUCAGUUCAAAGCCAACCUGUAGUUGAAAGUGAAUUUAAUUCGAGCACCAAUAAUAAUGAACAGAACACAACUUCAACUGUUGAGCAAUCAACAUCACAGCUCACAGAAACAAGUGAAAUUCUAGAUAAAAGUGAAUCAAAAGAACAAGAAAAUGUUAGUAAUGAUGAUAAUGCAGACAAAGAUGUUGUUAAUGUUUAUUCUUCAGGUGUUGAAGAAAAUGCAGAUAGAAAACGCCAAAGACUAAAUAGUGAACAACAAUAUGACGGCCAGUCCACAUCAAACGAAAAUGAAAAUGAUAACAGAGAAGAUUCAGAACAAAAUCAAGCUUCAAUACAGCAUAUACCAAUCACUGAAACAGAACCAUCAUUAAGUGAAUCAAGUGAAAUAGUCAGAGAAACGAACGAUGAACCGAGAAUAGUGCCAGAGGAAAAUGUAACACAAGAACAGCUGUCUACUGUUACCGCCAAUACUAAUAGUAUUAGUUCAAAUGCCAACGAAAUUGGCGAGGGAACAUCAUCAGGAACCCAGAUUGAUGGUAAUCAAAUCCCUGACGGAAUUGAUCCAUCAUUUUUAGCUGCAUUGCCAGAAGAAAUGCGAGCUGAAGUCAUAGCCGAACACUUGAGAAUUCAACGCAUGCAAGAACGGACACGUUUGCAGCAACAAGUGGCCGUUCAAAAUGAGCAACAGGCCGUGGCUGAAGUGAAUCCAGAGUUUUUGGCUGCCCUUCCACCAAGCAUUCAAGAAGAAGUACUAGCACAACAAAGACUUGAACAACAAAGAUUGGCUGCUGCAGCUGCAAAUCCAAAUGACCCAGUCGAUGCCGCAGCGUUCUUUCAAAAUCUUCAACCAUCGUUGAGGCAAGCAAUUUUGACUGACAUGGAGGAAUCACAGAUUUCGGUGCUAACUCCAGAGUUGGCAGCUGAAGCACAAAACCUACGACGUGAUUGGGAAAGUCGAAAUCGUCAAAUAAUGCAAGAGCAGAUUAGUCAAAUUGGAUCUGGUGGAAACAGUGGGAACGUUGGAACGUCACCUAGCUUUUCGUCAGUACUUCGCUAUCGUAGUCGUUUACCCGAACCAAUUUCUUCUGUCAAUUAUUUGCAACGAAUGCGAUGGAAUAAUUGGCCAAUUAAUCCUGGCUCGGCCACAAUUUCAGUAGAUCGGGAUACAUUUGGAGCUGGUAGUAGUUUAUUAUGCAUGGAACAACAAGGAAAACCGCAAUUGGACCAUGAAUCCUUAACAUCAUUGUUAAUUUUGCUAUUUGUUGAAGCAAAUAAAAUCUGUACUCUUCGUUUUCAUCGUGUUAUUCGUAUUCUGUGUUCGCACAUUCCAACGCGUGACUGGAUCAUUCGAACGAUUCUAUCCAUUAUAGAGCGAAGCAAUCAACAAUCAAGACAAAGCGAACAGCAACAAACAAUAAUUAAUCGACCUCAUUGGCUUAACAUUCGAUUGGAUGCUGCUUUAGGUAACCGAAAUAAUAUAUUCAUCAUCAAAAAACUCAGUCAUUCAAAAAACGAUGACGAAAUGCUAAUUGACGAUGCCACCGAAAUAUCAUCCAGUGAAUACUCGAUUGCUAUUCAUCCACAAGCAGCACAAAUUGUUUGUCGUCAUGCACUCGAACUAUUGAUAUCGCUAGCUAAAAAUUUCCCAGCCAAUUUCUUGCCCAUCAAAAAGAAGGGACGUACUAACAAAAACGAUAUCAAUCUUGAUGAAAAUCAACCAAGCACCAGCAGUUUAGCACGAUCAUUGAAAGAUUCAACACAACAAGGGAAAUCAACAGAUUUCUGGGACAUUUUACUUCGUUUAGAAAUGAGAUCGCGGAAUAGUAAAUCAUUUAAUACUUGCGAUGCGUCAGUAAGUCCAGCGAAAGCCGAAGAUUUCAUCGACAUCGAAAUGAACUCGUUCUCUGAAUCACCAUUCGGUCAAUUGAUUUCGAUGCUUUCAUUUAAUAUAAUUCUGAAAAGUACAUUGUUAACAGAUCGACUAUUGAAAUUGUUGUCAUACAUUUCGGUUGGAUUACCAGAUGCUGUUCAAUUGGCAACAACAAUUUCAGCGAUGCCAAAUGCAUUUGAAUCACCGUCUGAAGACAAUAAUGAAACUGGCGCCGAGACUAAUGCAACAGACAAUAACGCAAGUACAUCUGUUGCCACAGCUACAGCCUCAGCCACAAUUGAAAAUACGACAAAUACAUCAUCAGCAAGCCAUCAAUGUGUGAACCGUUUGAAGUCAUCACCAGUUGAGUUGGAUGAAAAAUGUUUACCAGAAUCACAAGAUAGUUUACGUUUAGCAAUCGAAGUGCUUACAUCAAAAUCUUGUUCAGAAGAAGGACUCGAAGAUGCAACUUCAUUAUUACUGAAUUUAAGCCAGUGUUCGAAUAUAACACGAACGUUCAUUCUCAAUUUAUUAAUAGACGGCGCCAAAUAUUUGGCCGGAGUAGUUCAAAAUCAAAUUAAUGACUUGAUUUAUGAUUUGAGGCAACUUAACCAAAGAAAUCGGACUGAAUCAGGCUUAUCACCGUCAAAUUCACAGCAAAUGCCAAUUCAAGAAAAUAUAAAUGACUUACAACAACCAUCUACAUCAAAGGCAACAUCAGCUAGUGCCAGCAAGGGUAUUUUACAGGACCGUUUCACGAAAGAGACUGUUGUAAUAACAUCUACAUCUAAACAAAAGAUACGUUGUGAAUUACAAUUACCUUCUAUGGUACCUUUGAUUUCGAAGACGGCUAGUCAGUCGUUCUUCUUGCGCAUACUGAAGGUUGUCAUUCAAAUAAGAGAGUCAGCCAAAGAGACACUGACUAAAGAAUUAUCAAAUCAACGACAAGGAUCAAAGAAAAUCAUACUGAAUUCUAUUGAACAACAGCCACUUAGCGAAACACUGCAAUUGGAUUAUUUGUGGAACACACUCAGUGAUUGUUUGGUUGAAUUGGAAGAAAAUGCCGAUCAUCAUGCUGUUCUCGUACUUCAACCGGCCGUAGAGGCAUUCUUUUUAGUUCACGCUUCAUCACAACCACAACAAUCAUCAACCGAGCAAAAGAAGUUUAACCAGAACCGUUCUCAAAAUAUGGUAGACACUCAAGGUCAGAGCGCAGAGAAUACCGUUGAUGGCAAUAAUACCUCAAAUACACCAGAAAAUAGUGAGAUAACACCAGCAGUCAACGAUACAUCUGACGGAGAAAACCGUGAAAUGAUUUCACCAAUUUCAUUAUUCAAUAUGCCAAAUAGCAACUCAUUUCCGCAGACAAGCAAUGAAAGUGCACAGUCCCAUAGUUCAAGCGAUCAAGAGAAAAGUAGUAACAUUUUAAAUCGUCUCGGUAUUCCAACACAACAACAAGCUCCAAAAGUACAACUCACUUCAGACCAAAAGAAGUUCUUGCAAUUUGCUGAAAAACAUCGAACUGUGCUUAAUCAAAUAUUACGUCAAUCGACUGUCCACUUAUCAGAUGGACCAUUUGCAGUGUUAGUUGAUCACACAAGAAUCCUUGAUUUUGAUGUCAAACGUCGGUACUUCCGAACUGAAUUAGAACGAAUGGAUGAAGGAAUACGACGUGAAGAAUUGGCAGUACAUGUUCAUCGUGUAACUGUAUUCGAAGACUCAUUCCGCGAACUAUAUCGCCGUAACCCAGAAGAAUGGAAAAAUCGGUUUUACAUUGUCUUUGAAGAUGAAGAAGGCCAGGAUGCCGGAGGUUUGUUACGUGAGUGGUAUGUCAUAAUUUCGCGUGAAAUUUUCAAUCCAAUGUAUGCACUUUUCACUGUAUCGCCUGGAGAUCGUGUCACUUAUAUGAUAAAUCCAUCAAGUCAUGCCAACUCCAACCAUUUGUUCUAUUUCAAAUUUGUUGGUCGAGUUAUCGCUAAGGCAAUCUAUGACAAUAAAUUGCUUGAGUGUUAUUUUACACGCUCAUUCUACAAGCAUAUUUUAGGCAUUGAAGUAAACACUCAAGAUAUGGAAAAUGAAGACUAUGAAUUCUAUAAGGGUCUCGUUUAUUUAAUGGAAAAUCAUGUAUCUGCAUUAGGAUACGAACAGACAUUCAGUUUGGAGGUACAAGAGUUUGGUGUAACUGAAGUCCGUGAUCUAAUUCCAAAUGGGCGAAACAUAGUCGUAAAUGAAGAUAACAAAUUCAAUUACAUCCAUUUGGUGUGUCAAUUGAAAAUGAGCGGUUCAAUUAAACAACAAUUGAAUGCAUUCCUCGAAGGUUUUUAUGACAUUAUCCCCAAACGAUUGAUCUCAAUAUUUAACGAACAAGAGUUGGAACUAUUGAUAUCUGGUCUGCCAAAUGUUGAUAUUGAAGACCUAAAAGCAAAUACUGAAUACCACAAAUACCAAGCAAACUCAAUUCAAAUUCAAUGGUUCUGGCGUGCUCUGCGUAGUUUCGAUCAAGCUGAUCGCGCUAAGUUCCUACAAUUCGUGACGGGUACAUCGAAGGUGCCAUUACAAGGUUUUGGCGCACUGGAAGGAAUGAAUGGUGUACAAAAAUUCCAAAUUCAUCGUGAUGACAGAUCAACGGAACGUCUUCCAUCGGCUCACACAUGCUUCAAUCAAUUGGAUCUUCCCGUGUACAAGACAUACGAUAAAUUACGAUCAAGUCUAUUGAAAGCCAUUCAUGAAUGUUCAGAAGGCUUUGGAUUUGCCUAAAUGAUCAGAAUUGGAAUCAAAUAGUUUAAUUAAACAACUAAAACAUACAAAACAAUGUCAUUUGAUGUCAUAGGAAAAAAGACAGAAUUUAAAAUAAACAGUGAUUACAACGGAAAAUUUGACAUGAAUGAAAAAUCCAUGUUGUCAUGAAUGACAUAGAGACUAGUAGCUUGUCAUCGACCGUGAGCAAUGAUCAACAAAAAUUUUAAUUUUGAAUUUUUUUACACAUACACAAAAAAUUAUGUAAGUAACAGAUAUAGAUAUAAUAAAUGAAAAAAUAGGAUUCAAUAAGAAAUGAUCAGAGAAGAAUAUAGCAACUUAUAAUAAAAUGAGAGAAUCGGAUAAAACGGAUUGUAUUACUGUAAACGUAUAUCUAAGUGAUAUUAAUUUAAAAUAAUUCUGUCUUUGAGUAACAUUUAUGUCAUUUGAAUCCAAAAUAAAAUAUGAAACAAAAAAAAUCAUUGAAUUUGAUGCUCGUAAA